AUGGAUUCAAAUAAAGUUAUCGUUAUGGAUAAUGGUACUGGUUUUGUAAAAUGUGGUUUUGCAGGUGCAAAUUUCCCAACAGCCAUUUUUCCAUCAAUGGUUGGUAGACCAAUUUUACGUUCAGAAGAAAAGGUAGAAAAUGUAGAGAUUAAAGAUAUUAUGGUUGGUGAUGAAGCAGCCAAAUUAAGAUCAAUGUUACAAAUCACCUAUCCAUUGGAAAAUGGUAUCAUUCGUAAUUGGGAUGAUAUUACACACGUAUGGGACUAUGCACUUAAAGAGAAAUUAAAAGUUAGUGAUCCAACUGAAUGCAAGAUCCUCUUGACCGAACCACCAAUGAAUCCAGUUGCAAAUCGUCAAAAAAUGAUUGAAUGUAUGUUUGAAAAGUAUGGAUUCCAAGCAGUUUACGUAGCAAUUCAAGCCGUACUCACACUCUAUGCUCAAGGUCUCUUGACUGGUGUUGUCGUAGAUUCAGGUGAUGGUGUCACCCAUAUCAUUCCAGUCUAUGAGGGUUACUCAAUCCCACAUUUGACUCGUCGUCUCGAUGUUGCCGGUCGUGAUGUAACUCGUUACCUCAUCAAAUUAUUAUUACUCCGUGGUUACGCUUUCAAUCGUACCGCCGAUUUCGAAACCAUCCGUCAAAUCAAAGAGAAACUCUGUUAUGUCGCAUACGAUGUUCAACAAGAGAUGAAAUUGGCCUCAGAGACCACUGUUCUCGUCGAAAACUACACCCUCCCAGACGGUCGUGUAAUCAAAGUUGGCCAAGAGAGAUUCCAAGCCUCUGAAGCCCUCUUCAAUCCAUCUUUGGUCGAUGUCGAAGGUGGUGGUGUCCAUGAACAAUUGUUUGAUUGUAUCACCAAGGCAGACCGUGAUCUUCAACAAGGUUUCUAUCAACAUAUCGUCCUUUCUGGUGGUUCCUCUAUGUAUCCAGGUUUACCAUCUCGUCUCGAAAAGGAAAUUAGAUCUCUCUAUUUGGAACGUGUAUUAAAAGGAAACAAAGAAGGUCUCGCUAAAUUCAAAUGCAGAAUCGAAGAUCCACCAAGAAGAAAGCACAUGGUUUUCCUCGGUGGUGCUGUCUUGGCUGAUCUUACCAAGGAUCGUGAUGAUUUCUGGAUUACCAAAGCUGAAUACAUGGAAAAAGGUUUUGGUGCUUUAGAUAAAUUAACUAAAUUAUCUGUUUAA